AUGUCUGACCAUCCGCUCGAAGGCAGCGUCAACGGCUUGACAUCAAGCAAUGCACUACACAGUAACCGUCUUUCACAGGUGUCCAAUGGCAUAAAAGGUGGCAGCGUCGACGAUGCUUUUAUGUCUCGAGCUGAUGAGUUACAAAACCUCCUCGCCUCAGUUCUUGGUCGGCUCAUCCCCUUUAUUCGACAAGCCGAAUCGGAGCGCAAAGCACAUCAACUUCGUCAGCCCGUAUCUACAUCUUCCAUCCUUGAGCCACAUUCUCCUUCAGAGUUGCUCUCCAUCCUGACGUCAAACGGGACUCUGUCCCUGCCAGAUCGGGGCACUGGCCCACAUGGCCUCGUCAAUUCGCUAUCUUCAAUAUUGAAGUAUAGCGUCAACACCUCUGCCCCCGGUUUUCUUGACAAGCUAUACUCCGCCCCUUUACCUCCCGGAAUAGCGGCGGAUUUGAUUCUCAGCGUCCUCAACACAAAUGUACAUGUUUACCAGGUUUCCCCUGUGCUCUCACUCAUCGAGACCCACGUGACGAAAGCCCUUGCGGCGACGUUCGGCUUCUUGGGGCCGAGAGCCGGAGGAAUCAAUGUUCAAGGGGGGAGUGCGAGCAAUAUGACCAGCAUCGUUAUUGCGCGGAACACACUCUUUCCGGAUACGAAACAGUCAGGGAAUCAUGCUGGAGGAAGACAAUUGGUGAUGUUCACUUCCGAGCAUGGACAUUACAGUAUUGAGAAGGCUGCGCAACAAUGUGGCUUUGGGGCGGAAAGUGUCAUUCCCGUCCCUGUUCAUCCAUCAUCUGGAGAGAUGGAUCCCGAGGCAUUGGAGUCUCUGAUUGUGAGAGAAAAGAGCCGGGGUAAAACGCCAUUCUAUGUCAAUGCCACUGCCGGAACGACGGUGCUGGGAUCGUUCGAUCCAUUCCCUGCUGUUGCACAGAUUGCCGGAAAACACGGGUUAUGGAUGCACAUCGACGGCGCUUGGGGCGGAAGCCUUGUCUUUUCUGACAGUCUCCGCCAUACAAGAUUAAAAGGGUGUGAGCUUGCAGACAGCAUUGCCGUCAAUCCGCACAAGAUGCUAGGUGUACCAGUGACGUGCAGCUUCCUGUUGCUCAAGGAUCUCAAAAAUGCUCAUACGGCGAACACGCUCCGAGCGGGAUACCUGUUCCACGACGGCAAUGAAGACGAGCUACAGGCUGAACAACAGGAAUUGAACGGCCAUGACCGACUCGAAUCGUCCGACGAAGAUUGGGCCGCUCCAGACGAUCUCGCCGAUCUCACACUCCAGUGUGGACGCCGGGGAGAUAGCCUGAAACUCUUUCUCUCCUGGCAAUACUACGGAACACUGGGGUACACGUCCAAGGUUGAAACCGCGUAUUCGACCGCUUGUUACCUGGCAGACCUCGUGGACCAGAGUCCAGACCUGCUGCUGGUGAGCACGAACCCUCCGCCGUGUCUGCAGGUGUGCUUCUACUUCGCCCCGGGUGGCAAAAUGCUCUGUGAUAGUCCUACCAUCGGCAAUGACGAUGCCCAGGGUUACGGCAGCAACGGGGAAGACAAGGACAUAGACGUAGUCAUGGACAGACGAAGCAAGGCCAGCAAGCGCAACUCGGCCGUCACAAGCCGGAUAGCGCGGUCGCUGGUCUCUCGGGGCUUCAUGGUCGACUAUGCCCCUGCGCUGAGCCACGAGGUCGAAAUGGGCUCCUUCGUCCGCGCCGUGGUGAAUAUCUCCACCACCAGGGAGACGGUACGCCGGUUGGUAGAAGAAGUGCGAUCUUGCGGCCGCGAGGAAAUAUCUAGAGCCUGGUCGUCUUGA